AUGAUAUAUAUCCUGAGUCUUGAUUGGUCUUCUGGCAUUGAAACAUUGAAAUGCGUUGACCGUGUAGACCUUACACUUAGUGGUUCUUUUGCCGAUAUGAUUUUAACAUCGAAUGCUUCUGCAGCAGAGAGGAAUGACACCAUUUCACUGUUUGUAUUGACCAAUCCCGGGCAAUUGCAUUUUUAUGACAAUGCUUGCUUGUCUGACUUGAAGUCUGGCCCAGAGAAGAAGCAUCAUGUUCAUGCUGUUGAAUAUCCUGUAGUCAUACCUACUGUUGAACCAAACAUGACUGUGGGAAAGCUCAGGUUGGUAAGCACAGAAGAGAGCUUUUCACGGGCUCUCACAGAGACAGUAUCGGCUGCAAAACUUCAAGAUGCCAUGACUACAAGGAGUACAAAGUGGCCUCUGACUGGAGGUAUUCCCAGUCAGCUGUCUUUUGGGGAAGAGAAUAGAAUUGAGCGAAUAUACAUAGCAGGCUACCAAGAUGGGUCUGUCCGAGUAUGGGAUGCCACAUUUCCAGUUCUGUCAUUCAUGUUUGUUUUAGGACAUGAGGUGGAAGGUAUCGAAAUUGCUGGUGCAAGUUCAUCAAUAUCAGCAUUGGACUUUUCCUCCACCACUUUAAGUUUAGCUAUUGGCAAUGAAGGUGGUCUGGUUCGUAUACACAGUUUAUCUGGGAGUUUUGGUGGAAUGAACUUUCAAUUUGUAACAGAAGCCAAACGUGAAGUUCACAAAGUCCCCCUUGAGCACAGACUUCAGUGUAUAGCGGCAUUUUCCAUCCUUAAGUCUCCUGUACGCACCCUGCAAUAUUUGAAUAAUGGGGUCAGACUUGCUGUGGGAUUUGAAUGUGGUCAGGUCGCAGUGCUUGAUAUAAGUACGUUGUCAGUUUUGUUUCUUACAGACUCUGUAUCGGCUUCAAGUUCUGCAGUCAUUUCUGUGGCUUUGAAAACAUACCCAAAAACAAGUAGCGACAAUCUGAACCACCAUGAAAAGGAAAUGUUGAAUGAAUCUUCCAGGGAGGUGGCUUUCAUCUUGACCAGAGAUGCACAUAUCAUUGUUAUGGAUGGAAUCACUGGGAAUAUGAUCAGCUCUCAGCCAAUGCACCCAAGGAAAGAGUCAACAGCAGUUUCCAUGUAUAUUUUAGAGAGCAAUGUUUCUAACACCAAAGCAUUUGAAAAGCAAUCACCAAUCUCCUCUCAGGAUGUUGAAGCUAAAAGUGAACUUGUGCAAACCAAUUCUCAAUAUCAAAGUGAUUCAACAGAGGUUGAAUAUGACACCUCUAGUGAAGCCAAAUGCUUGGGGCAGAGAUAUACGGACUCACUUAUUUUACUUUGUUGUGAGGAUGCAUUGUGCCUAUACUCCUCAAAUUUUGUUAUUCAGAACAUCAGCAGGCGCACUGCAGAGCUACAAAGUGGGGCUGAGAAUUUUGCAUCAAUGGCUGAUGAGCUUGUCAAGACAAUGCAAAACCGGAAAUGGUGGCAUAUAUGA